CAAUAUGGCGUUGAAGGCAAAAGCCUUGUAUGACUUUGAAGGUGACACCAUUCAUGGUGAGCUAUCGGUGAAAGAAAAUGACAUUCUCACGGUGACAAAUCAAGAUGUAGGGGAAGGAUGGUGGGAAGGAUACACAGACCGAGGUGAAAGCGGUCUCUUUCCUGCUGCAUAUGUUGAGUUAAUAACGAGUGGACACCCACCGCCAUCAGCGCCUCCACCAGCAUUUCCAGUACCACUAGCAGAUCAGUAUGAUGGGCAGAACUCACAGACGUACGAUGGUGGUACACCCGAUAAUGAUUGGGAUGAAGAUGACUGGGAUGAUGACGAUAGUAGUACAUACUCUGAUGGCAGGGGACAACAUGCAGUUGGAUCUCCAACAGAUACUGGCACCAAUAGUGUUGCAAGAAGGACAGACAGCAAAACAGCCACUAUCAAACCAAAAGGAUUUAGUCGUUUUUCAACUUUUGUGAAGACAGGAGGUGAAGCUUACAUUCUAGGUAAUGCUAAGGCCAAUGUACCAGUUGAACAACAAAUCAGGAUUCAUGAAACUGAAUCAGGUCCGAUGUGGGAAGUCAACCCAGAGCCAUUCACAUGUACGAUAGCUAAUCCGAAAAAAGAAAGUAAAUACAAAGGAGUUAAAAGUUAUAUUUGUUAUCAAGUUACGCCAUCAAAUACGAAUAUACAAGUUAGUAGAAGGUAUAAACACUUUGAUUGGUUGUACAAUAGAUUAGUAGAAAAAUUUGCUUUUGUUGCCGUGCCUCCAUUGCCAGACAAGCAAAUCACAGGUCGUUAUGAAGAUGAUUUCAUUCAAGGGAGAAUGAAUCAGUUACAGGCUUGGUUAGACCGGAUGACUAAGCACCCUAUUAUACCCAGAGCAGCUGUAUUUACCCAUUUCUUAACUUGCACAGAUGACAAGAUGUGGAAAGCCGGAAAGCGGAGAGCUGAGAAAGAUGACCUUGUUGGAUCCACCAUCUUCUUGGCCAUUCAGCCACCACCACAUCCUUUAGAUGCAGCCACUGUUGAAUCUCAACAUGAGCACUUCAGUAAAUUUACUAAAAGUAUGGAUGAUAGUGUGAGUAAACUACUACAAGUUUCACACGAUCGAGAGAAGAAACACCAGGGGCCUUUCAGAAAAGAGUUUAAUAAGCUUGGUAAUGCAUUUAAUGCAUUAGCAAAUUCCUUCGAACUUGAUAACUUCCCAGAAUCAAAUGCCCUAACAGCAGCGAUUCACCACACUGGUAAGACUCAUGAAGAUAUAGGUACGCUGUAUGCAGCACAACCCCAAUAUGAUCUAAUUCCAAUGAUGACAACGUUGCAUGAAUAUGAUGGAUUGUUGUCAACCUUUCCUGAUAUGUUACAUGUUCACAAGGGUUCUCUAUCAAAGGUAAAGGAAUGCCAAAAAUUACAAGAAGAAAACAAAAUGGAUGGUAGUGAUGUUGCUAGUGUGAGUCAGAGGGCAGACAUUGUAUCGUACGCUUUGAUGGCCGAGAUAAAUCACUUCCAAGGAGAAAGAGUGCGAGACUUUAAGGCAACAAUGCAGAAAUAUUUACGAGAGCAGAUCACAUUCUACAAGAAAAUCACCGAAAAUCUAGAACGUACUUUAGCAAUGUAUGACGAGUUCUGAAAAAUUUGUUUCUUUUAAAUUCAAACAACCAAUGAUGAAUGAACACGUACCAUUGCUAGGCAACUAGAUCAGCCAAUCAUGUUUCCAUCAAAGUUCAAUGUGUGUCAAGUUACCGAAUAGCGUCAUAGCGGGUCAUCUCAAGCAACAUGCAGAAUACGUCGUGCAUAAUUAUUUGGGCAAUUCACAACAUGAUACUGUAUGUGGUAUUACAAGCCAGUGGUAUCGAAUAAGCCAGGCUUCAAAAAAUAUUUUAAAAUCUCAAAAACAAAACAAAAACAUGGUGACCAGUGAAGUGGAGUGAGAAAGUGUAUUUGUGGAAACAUGAAUGAUGGAAAUCUGUCAAAUGCAAAUCAUGGAUAAAUAUAAAAUUGUCAGAAAAAGGGAAAAGUUUACACAUAAUAUUCAGCUUAUAAAAUGCUGUCAAGCAGAAAUAAGCUGAAUGAAAUUUGAAUUUGUACAAAGCAAGUAAAAUACUAUAAUUAUAUUUCUGCCAAUAUUCUUACGAUGUCAAGCAUUAGGUUAUGACCCUGAAACUGAUUUUGUUGUUGUCUUAGUUUGACUUUUACAUUAGCAUUCCAGAUAACAACUUUUUCACAAUAUCAGGUGUGAAGAGUUUUCUAAUUUCUUAUGCAAAACACUAUGGUGUCAUUGAAUGGA